AUGGAGAUUCAGAGAAUAACUUUUAGUUCCGGGAAGGAAAAUGCUUUUCGUAGAGUUGAUGAUAAGAAUGGAGUAAUUGAGCUGAACACUGGAGAGAUAGGUACAAGCGCAGAACUAUAUGAGGUGAUUCAGAAGAAGCUUGGGGAGGCUAGUGAAGAACUUUCCAUAGAUCGGGAUAGUUUCCGGCAGUUGGAGUUUGGAUUUGGAGAUAAGGAGAGGGAUCUAGCAUUGGCCACCCUUCAUCUUGAUAGUACCUUUGUAUCCUUCAGUCUUAAAAAGAAGGAAGAUUUGGAGAAGGAAUAUCGAAAGUGGAGUUUGGAGGGACAGGAUUGGGAUGAAGAAGUAUCGAAUAUUCUUGAGGGCACUAGGCUUACUAGAAAACUUCAAAAUACUCCUCCGAAUCUGAUGAUGCCGGAAAACUUUGUUGAGGAGGCCAGAAAGUAUCUUGAAGGAAUUAGUGGUAUAGAGAUCAAUGUCAUUUCAGGAGGUGAUUUGAAGAAGGAGAAGCUUGGACUGAUAGAGGCGGUUGGAGGCGCUUCGGAGCAUGCCCCAAGACUGCUUAUUGUCAAAUAUUCGGCUGCAGGUUCCAAAGAGUACAUGGCUCUUGUGGGUAAGGGUGUGUGCUACGACAGCGGAGGACUUAACAUCAAAACCGGAAGUUACAUGUCAAAGAUGAAAUUUGACAUGUCCGGAGCAGCGGUGAGUCUUGGGGUGGUAGGCGCUCUGGCCCGGAACAAGUGCAAAAAUAGCAUUGUGGUGGCCAUUCCUCUUGUAGAGAAUGCAGUUGGUCCCAAGAGCUACAGAGCCGAUGAUGUGUUGAUCUCUCGAAAUGGAAUGAGUGUUGAGAUAGAGAAUACCGAUGCGGAAGGUAGAUUGGUUUUGGCGGAUGCCCUAGCAUACGUUGCUGAUGUGUACAAACCCAAGGAGAUAAUGACCAUAGCCACCCUAACCGGAGCAAUAGGAUAUGCUUUGGGAUACAAGUAUGCCGGCGCUUGGUCCACCGAAGACGACAUGUCGUCCAGACUUCUUGAAUCCUCCAAACAAUGGGGAGAAUGGAUCUGGAGAAUGCCUCUGGAUGACUACUACCUUAAGGCCCUAAAGAAAACUAAGGUUGCCGACAUAGCCAAUAGUGCUAAAACCGGAGCAGGAGGAAGUAACAGGGCUGCCAUGUUCCUAAAAGAAUUCACAAAUAAGCUUCCAUAUAUACACCUGGACAUAGCAAAUAUAGACCAUUGUGACAAAACAGGCGAACCUACGGCUCCUUUGUUUAAAACCAUAUACUUCUAUAUGUCUGGAAGAUAA